CCAGGGGGGCGUGGCUACGGUGUCAUUUGAUCUCGCGCUUAGCUCUUUAAAGGAAAAUGAACUGAGCGAAUGAGGGCACGCGCUAAAUCUAUUCUAGCUGCUGUGGAGGUGAUGCGCGUGAACCUGGUCUACAGAGACAGGAAGCCUACAACCUAUGGGUCAGGUUAACACAUGCGUUUAAAUGACUGCAGAGAAUCCGUGUGAUGCUCCGGCUGUUGCGUUCAAACGUGGAAGCUUGGCGGUCUAGAGAAAGGUUAGGACGGUUUUAAUGGCAGAGGUGAUGGAGGGAAGUGCAGCAGCCGCAGCAAUAGCUGCUCCCAGUGCUAGCAUGGAUUGGCAGAAGAGAUGCAUCGCCCUGGAAAUGCAGCUACUCCGCUUCCGACUGCAGGCAGGGAAAAUCCGACAGCUUCUGGCUGAAAAGAUGCAAGAACUGGAGCAAAGAGUGACGGAGGCUGACCAGCGAGCUGAGAAUGCAGAGAAACAAGUACAAAUAAUGGAAGAGAAGCUUAAAUCAGUGAAUAUGCAUCCCAGUGAAUCAGAAAGUUCCUUGUACAGGCGAUAUCAAGAGCUGACCAGUCAGAUUCAGGAGAAAGAUAUGAUGGUAAAGAAACUUGAAGCACAGUUGGAAAAACAGAAUUUGGUUCGGGCACAAGAAGCCAAGAUUAUAGAGGAGAAAGCAGCCAAAAUCAAAGACUGGGUUACAUUUAAGUUACGAGAGAUGGAGAUGGAGAACCAGCAACUGAAGAUGACUAACCUGAAGCAGUCAGAACAGAUCCUCCUUCUGCAGGACAAACUUCAGACUGUACUGGAGAGGCCCAUAUCCCCAUGCUCUCCCAAGCCUCUAGUGGUAGAUGCCCAGCUGGCAUCCACCAGCCCCCUGCACAAUUCCAGCUACUCUGGCACAUCCCCAACACAUGAUGAGUGCGGGAGAAUGACAGGCUCAUGCAAGCCUGGGUCCAACACUACUAGAGAUGGCAAGAGGAAAGCAUCUGAGGCACAAGACUCUCAGAAUGCAUCUGAAUCCAUGAGUCGACACAAAUUCAGCACGGAUAGAGGAGUCAAUGCAACCGGAACGAAGGUAACGGACAGGAGGGAAGGGAUGGAGCAUUCUGACAUUAUCGCAUGGGAGAGAGGGGGAGCGGGAGCUUCAGAAAGAGACCACUCCUCUGACGAGCUCAACAGCAAGUUCCGCUUACAGCGCCUUCGCUCCUCUUCAUCCUCAUCUUCCUCUUCUUCCUCUGCCUAUGAGACUUCUGGCCCUCGUAGCUUUGACACUCCUACUCCCACUCCUAAGAGUCCACCUCCACUGGGGGUUUGUCUAUCUCAAAUAAACCCUGCUCCCUUAGCUCUUCCUUCUGGCACCAGCAUGACCCUACCCAAGGUCCGAACCCCUCUGACACCUCGUGACAGCAUCCAGCUCCUCAAGAAACACCACAGUCAGCCCCAGCCAGGCCUGGAACGACUCCAUCAAGUUAACGUCACUAUAGACAUCGGAUCGCCCAGUUCCCCAUACCGCUGUAGUCUGCCUCUGGGUUCUGCCUCGACAAUCGGGGUGGAGGAGACAGACAUUGAUGAGGGAAGCAUGGAAGGGGUGGUAGAAGGCUUCACAGAGGAAGUAGCACCACAUGAUGGUGUCUCAUUUGUGGGCUUGGCAGAGGAGCUUGAGCUGCUCGAUCCGGAAGCUCUGAAACCACCUACUCCGCCUUUGCACCGUUUUCGUUCCUGGGAGAGUCAUAUCUAUGCAGUUGCAAAGUCUGGUAUGAGAGUUUCUGAAGCGAGCCCUGGUGCCAGAAAUAUGGGGAGAGUGUCCACCUUCCCUCAGUACCCUGCAGCUGGUCCUUUCACAAACCUCAUCUACAAGAAUAUCAGCAUACCCGUGUACUCCACACUGAAAGGGAAAGCCACACAGAUCAGCAGUGCUCCUCUUCCUGAUGAAGACUCCGGUUCAGAGGAUGACAGCAGCUCACUGGCCAGCCUGCGUACCUCAACAGUGGGACCAGAGAAGAAGGGCAGCACCCCAGGCAGCCCCCGUGCUGUGAAAAGAGGGGUGUCCAUGUCCUCUAUCAGCUCGGAGAGUGAUUACGCAAUCCCUCCAGAUGCCUACUCACUGGACAGUGACUACUCUGAGCCUGAGCAGAAAGUACAGCGUACUUCAUCCUACUCCUGUGAGAGUGUUGGACCUGAGACUCUCGAGAAAUCUGGCUACCUCCUGAAGAUGGGAAGCCAGGUGAAAGCAUGGAAAAGGCGCUGGUUCAUCCUGAGGAAUGGAGAGAUCCUGUAUUAUAAAUCACCAAGUGACGUGAUCCGGAAGCCUCGAGGCCAGAUUGAACUCAACUCUUCAUGUCGUAUAGCCCGUGGAGAGGGAGCACAGACUUUCCAGUUAAUCACAGAGAAGAAGACAUUCUGCUUAACUGCAGACUCUCCCAACAUCCUGGAGGAAUGGAUCCGAGUUCUCCAGAACAUUCUUAAAGUCCAGGCCAGUGGACCAUUCUCCACAGAGACACAAGCCAAGCCGACAGUGCGUGGCUGGCUGACUAAGGUCAAGCAUGGGCAUUCAAAGCUCGUGUGGUGCACCCUAAUAGGAAAGAUUUUCUACUACUACCGUAACCAGGACGACAAGUUCCCAUUAGGUCAGCUGCAUGUGCGAGAGGCACGGGUCGAGGAGGUGGACAGGUCAUGUGACUCCGAUGAGGACUAUGAAGCGGGAGGACGGGGCUUCCUCUCUUCUCACUGCACUUUAGUUGUCCAUCCCAAAGAGCAAAGCCCUACAUAUCUGCUCAUUGGCACCAAGCAAGAAAAGGAUACCUGGCUGUACCAUCUGACUGUGGCAGCAGGAAACUGUGCCAGCCUGAAAGUGGCCACAGAGUAUGAGCAGCUGAUUGGAAAGCUUUUGGAUGUGGAUGGAGAUCCAGACUCUACUCUGUGGAAACAUGAGGUGCUGUGCUUCAGUAAGGAGGGUUUGCGUUCCCCUUUGACCACAUUGCCUUCUGAAGCACUUCAGACAGAGGCUCUCAAACUCUUUAAGUCAUGUCAGUUGUUCAUCAACGUGCUAGUGGAGGCGCCGUCCAUAGACUAUCACACUUCUCUGGCCCAGAGUGCAUUACAGGUGUGUUUAACACACCCUGAGUUACAGAAUGAGAUGUACUGUCAGCUGAUUAAACAGACCAACCGCCGAAUGCCAAACAACUAUUCUCUCACACAGUGUUGGCAGCUAUUGUCUGUGUGUGUUGCCCUUUUCCUGCCCCAGCAUCACUUCCUGUGGUACCUGCGUCAGUACCUGCAGCGAAACGCAGAUCCAAAGAGUGAGGUAGGAAAGUAUGCUGUGUACUGUCAGCGGUCAGUGGAGAGAGUGUUGCAGAAUGGAGAACGGGAAGCCAAGCCUUCUCGCAUGGAGAUCGUGUCUAUUCUGCUGAGAAACCCUUACCAUCACUCACUACCAUUCAGCAUACCUGUCCACUUUAUGAACAACACCUACCAGGUGGUGGGAUUUGAUGGGUCCACCACAGUAGAGGAGUUUGUGAACACGCUUAACCAGAGAGCAGGCAUGAGGAAGCCCCAGCUUUCAGGUUUCGCCCUCUUCACAGAUGACCCCUCAGGAAAGGAUCUCGAGCACUGCCUCCAGCCUGCUACCAAGAUUUGCGAUGUAAUCUCAAAGUGGGAACAGGCCCUGAAAGAACUGCAGCCAGGAAAGUGGGAGGGGACACGCAUUGUGCGCUUAACAUACAAAAGCAGGCUUUGUUUCCGAGCACAAGCGAAAGGAGAGACAGAGAGAGAGCGCCUCCUGUUGGCGUAUCAAGUGAAUGAAGAAGUUCACCAAGGUCACUUUCCAGUCAGUAAAGAGCUGGCACUGGAGGUCGCUGCCCUCAUGGCCCAGGUGGAACAUGGAGACGUGGACAGAGCACCAGCGUCUCCUGGUGGCUCUCCACAGCCUAAGAUUCAGCAGAUUAUGCUGCAAGUUCUGGAUCGCUUCUACCCCAGACACUACAAGCAGGACCGCAACAUAGAGCAACUCAGGGAGCUGGCCGAGCGGCUGGCCACUAAGUGGUCUGUCCUGCAGGGAUGCACUGCUGCUGAAUGUGUGAGGAUCUAUUUGACUGUGGCUCGCAAAUGGCCUCUGUUUGGAGCCAAGCUAUUUAGUGCAAAACCACUGCCUCCUUCCACACUAGAGCAGACACAAGUGUGGCUUGCUGUCAGUGAGGACGGGUUAAGCGUAUUAGAUUACAGCAUGCACCUGCUGGUCACAUAUCCAUAUCAAUCUGUGAUCACCUUUGGUGGGUGCAAAGAGGACUUCAUGGUGGUGGUCAGCCAGAUUAAAGACCAGGCUCUGGGCAAGAAAACUGUGGACAAGCUUAUUUUUGCAAUGGCUAAACCAAAGAUCCUGGAGUUGACUUUACUGAUGGCCAGCUACAUCAACUGGACAUCAGGCUUCUCAGCAGCUGGGAACCAGGCACAGUCAUCCACACUGGGAUCUCGAAACAGGAAGUUGCGUGACAUAGACAGCAGACAUUUCCCCUCAAUGACAUACACAACCAAAGGUCCCACACUUUUAUGAGCACUAAUCAUUCCUGAGCAAAUACUUCAUACAUGUACACAGGAGAGAAAGCUGAAGGUGAAGAGUCAUCCAGGUUAUCAUGGGCCGAACACAUCAGCCUCAGACUGCAGGAGACAGAGAGUAGGAAAUACAACAGAACACUGUCAAUUAGAAUAAUAAUGAAGCGUGGCCUUAUAUAGAAUAAUAAUAAGCUACAUGUUCCUUGGAGUUCUAUGUAUUGUGAGCCACUCAGAUAAAGGGAUUUCAGGGUCACACUGAUGCUCUUAUCCUUUGCAUUUUCUCUUCCAUAUCGCUCUUCUACUCUCUGAUGAAGUUACAUUGGAAAUGGCAUUUAUCCACCGUUGGAUUUGGAAGCAAUCAAACCGCUAACUGAACAAAGACACAGACCACAACAUGUAAACUGUUCAUGAUUUUCAAAGACUUUCCAGUCAGAGUUCGGUCACAUUUACUUUAUUCGGUUGACCUACUAUUUAACUAGCUUGCAUCUUCAUUUUCUUUGCCUAUGUCUGUGUUAGAUUAGUAUUCGUUUUUAUUCCUAUUGCUGGUUCAGACCAUUUCACCUGCCACUUGUAAUUACGUUUUUCAGGUACACUUUUUAAUGACUACACUGUUGGGAAAGUGUAGCUUAUAUAAGUCAUAUCAUGCUUCUUGGAACAGUUAAAACAUUGCAGAGAAUAUUUAUAAUAUAACCAGUGACAGAAAAGCCUUUAUUGCUAGAUGACAUCAGAUAUUUCAAUACCAUUUCAGGGUAUAAAAGAAUAUUCAGUUAAUUAGCAUAAUAAAUACCAGUACGGGUAAGUCUUUUUGUUGUUGUUGUUGUUGAAAUAACAUUAACAUGUAUAUCGGUUUUAAAGCCCUCUUCUAAUUGGAACUGACAAAAGCCCUGCACAUUACAUUGUUGGUUGUUAGCUGUUUUAUUAGAGGUUAAGUACCUAAAGCACAGUCUAUCAUGUCUGUUACAUCGCAAGCCUAUACUGGAAUAUAUUGGACGUGCUACUCAGGAACAUCUGUUUCACAUACAGAGCUACAAAUCGAACAUGAUUAUACCAGUUCAAAACCCGCAGCAGUAAACUGUUGACAUCAAACACAAAACUAACAAGUGUUUCAAAGUUAGAAAUCUAAUAGGACACACUGCUCCCCUCAUAGGCACUAGCUUUAGAACAGGAUGUUGACCUUCCCUGUGUGCUAAUGUAGAUAUUAAUCUGCAAAUGAGCUAAAAUUUAGUGACUUGAAUUGCUCUAUGGAUCAAACCACUGUUUCGAAGUUUUUCUAUUUAUUUCUUUUCUCAUAAUAUUGCUAAUUUUGGUACGAAAAAUAGUUUGCUUUAGUAAAUCAUUUUGCAGGUCAUUGAGUUGUUAUUUUAGGUAUAAAUCCAAAGGAUAAUAUUCUUUGAACUGUGUGCAUGAACAGUAGUUGAACAUGCUGUUAAGGUGACAAAUAUUCAAUGCAUAGAUUGGACCUUUUGAAAAUAAAAGGUACUUUGUGUUCUUA